CCCGGUCUCAUGUGUUCCUCCGAAGGUAUAUCAGGAAAAAACAUCUGCUGUCCCAAGAGAGGCUCGCAGCAGCGGCAGCAGCUGGGGACGGGGGAUAAACAGAACCGGGAAUUAUUUGCAAAGGACCGUACGCUGAUGGGCGCAGGGUUUGGGUGCCAGAGCCCUGCCACCCUUCCACCCCACAGCCGUGACCCCCUUCGGUUCAGACGUGGCACGCUUAGGGGCACAGCUUGCCUAACUGAAUUCUCCGCUGGAAGGUGGGUGCGAUAGGGUUUCCGGGCUCUGUGCCAAAGCCCGGCUCGCCUUACGUCUCUGCCAUUCCACCUGGAGGCCAGGGGCAUCAAUAAUUCAACCUGGGCGAUCGUCUCCCGUUGUCCGGGUGAGGGGGGAACGCAGGUGGGGGCCCCGAAUGUUGCGUAGGGCCAAGCGACCGAGCCGGGAAGGAUACGCAGAACGGCAAGGAGGGACGCCGAUGGAGAACGGUGUGUCCCGGGAAACCGGGGGCUCCCAGGCCUCGUCCUCUUCCUCCGAAGGGGGCCGGGGAACCCCGGGGCAGAGCGGGGGCACCCCAGCGCCCCGCCAGCCCCGUGUGAGACCCCGACUCAUCUUCCACACCCAGCUGGCCCACGGAAGCCCCACCGGAAAGAUCGAAGGGUUCACCAAUGUCAAGGAGUUGUACGCCAAAAUCGCAGAGGUCUUCGACAUCUCCCCCACAGAGGUGAGGCCUUUCUGGGUGGGGUGGAGAAGGACAAAUUCGGUUUGUAAGAAGAGACUCGCUCGGCCAACCGAACACCCUGUUCCAUCCCCUCCAACGUUUCUCCCGUGAAAAUAGGGGUAUCCUAUUCCAUCAUCUCCAACGUUUCUCUCGUGAAAAUAGGGACGUCCUAUUCCAUCCCCUCCAACGUUUCUCCCCUGAAAAGAGGGACGUCCUAUUCCAUCCCCUCCAACGUUUCUCCCCUGAAAAUAGGGACGUCCUAUUCCAUCCCCUCAACAUUUCUCCCUGAAAAGAGGGACGUCCUAUUCCAUCCCUCCAACAUUUCUCCCCUGAAAAUAGGGACGUCCUAUUCCAUCCCCUCCAACGUUUCUCCCCUGAAAAUAGGGACGUCCUAUUCCAUCCUCCAACGUUUCUCCCCUGAAAAUAGGGACGUCCUAUUCCACCCCUCCAACGUUUCUCUCCUGAAAGAGGGGCGUCCUAUUCCAUCCUCCAACGUUUCUCCCCUGAAAGAGGGCGUCCUAUUCCAUCCUCCAACGUUUCUCCAGUGAUAAGAGGAACGUCCUAUUCCAUCCCCUCCAACGUUUCUCCCCUGAAAAGAGGGACGUCCUAUUCCAUCCCCUCCAACGUUUCUCCCCUGAAAAUAGGGACGUCCUAUUCCAUCCCCUCCAACGUUUCUCCCCUGAAAAUAGGGACGUCCUAAGGAAAAGCGGGACAUUCCAGGAUCAAAUCAGAAACCGGGACAGCUUCCGUAAAUCCAGGACUGUCCUUGGAAAAUAGGGACAUUUGGAGGGUCUGCUGUUCUCACAUGGAUAUUCGGAAGUCUUGCUGGCUUCCCUCAAGAACGCGGCCUCUAUUUUCACCGCAAGCCUUUCCCACUCCCUGCAUUCAUCCCAUCCUCUUUUAAAGCCAUCCAAUUUGGUGGCCGUCCCUUGUCCCCUUUGGCAAGGAGUUCCCUAGAUGAACUAUGUGCUCCUUUCUUUUACCGGCCUGGAAUCUUCUGACAUUCGCCGGACAGCCCCAAAGUUCUAGAGGCAGAAAUUGCACACUGCCUGAAACCAAUCUACACGAACCAAAAUGCCGCUCUCUUUGGAGCUUCUCCAAAUUUUGCACCCGGGUUUGAUGAGGCCCUAAGCCCUAAGGGACGCAGGUGGCGCUGUGGGUUAAACCACAGAGCCUAGGACUUGCCAAUCAGAAGGUCAGCGGUUCGAAUCCCCGCAACGGGAUGAGCUCCCGUUGCUCGGUCCCUGCUCCUGCCCACCUAGCAGUUCGAAAGCACGUCAAAGUGCAAGUAGAUAAAUAGGUACCGCUCCGGCGGGAAGGUACACGGCGUUUCCGUGCUGCUCUGGUUCACCAGAAGCGGUUUAGUGAUGCUGGCCACAUGACCCGGAAGCUGUAUGCCGGCUCCCUCGGCUAGUAAAGCGAGAUGAGCGCCGCAACCCCAGAGUCGGCCACGACUGGACCUAACGGUCAGGGGUCCCUUUACCUUUACAUUUAUCCUGAAACCUUUUUGCUUCUCUCUCUCUCCCCCUCCGCAACCCCCUUUUGUCUCCCUCGCCUGUUUUUCAACAUUCCCACCCCAACCCCUUGCUGGCCAACCCCACCGGGGAGAAAACCUUAAGCGUGGAUCCGUUCUCUCCCCCAGAUCCUUUUCUGCACCCUGAACACUCACAAGGUGGACAUGCAAAAGCUUCUCGGAGGCCAGAUCGGGCUGGAGGACUUCAUCUUUGCCCACAUCCGCGGCGAGACGAAGGAGGUGGAGGUGACGAAGACGGAGGAUGCUCUGGGUCUCACCAUCACAGAUAACGGGGCCGGAUGUGCCUUCAUCAAGGUCAGGAUGAGGCCAGAGAACGUCAUGUCGGGAGAUCUGAGUCGCUGAAAAUGCAACUUUUCCUCCUGGCAAAGUUGAAUGACUGUACACAUCAUUUUCAUUAUUAUUAUUAUUAUAAAAUCCAUUUUAUUUAUUUAUACUUUAUGUACAGUGGUACCUCGGGUUAAAUACUUAAUUCGUUCUGGAGGUCCGUUCUUAACCUGAAACUGUUCUUAACCUGAAGCACCACUUUAGCUAAUGGGGCCUCCUGCUGCUGCCGCGCCGCCGGAGCACGAUUUCUGUUCUCAUCCUGAAGCAAAGUUUGAUACGAUAUGAUAUCUUUAUUGUCAUUGUCCUAUGCAGAACAAUGAAAUUGAAAAACUACAUAAAAACUACAUAAAACUAUCACAAAACUACAUAAAACUACUACAAAACUACAUAAAACUACUACAAAACUACAUAAAACAUUCAAAAACCCCUAGAUUCUUAACCUAAAGCACUAUUUCUGGGUUAGUGGAGUCUGUAACCUGAAGCGUAUGUAAUCUGAAGCGUAUGUAACCCGAGGUACUACUGUAUUAUUAUUAAAUCCAUUUUAUUUAUUUAUACUUUAUGUAUUUAUUUAUACUUUUCAAGUUUAUUCAUUUCACUCGUUUAUGCAUUUCACAGUGGUACCUUGGUUUUCAAACUUUAUCCGUUCCGGACGUCCAUUCCAAAACCAAAGCGUUCCAAAACCGAGGAGCGUUUUCCUAUAGAAAGGAAUGAAAAACGAAUUAAUCCAUUCCAGACUUUUAAAAACAGCAAUUGAACAUGGAUUUUACUAUCUAACGAGGCCACUGAUCCAUAAAAUGAAAGCUAUAAACAAUGUACUGCAGUUGCACAAUCAGUCCAUCAGUAGCUGGACUGGGUUCCACACAGUCACAAAAACAAAAGAAAAAGAGCCAGAAAAACAAAAAUGCAAAAUAAAUAACAAAAACAGAAGCGUAACACUCAAAUUGGAAGCGUAACACUCAAAACAGAGCAUGUUCGGCUUCCGAAAAAAGUUUGCAAACCAGAACACUUACUUCCGGGUUUGCAGUGUUUAGGUUCCAAGUUAUUUGAGUACCAAGGCGUUUGAGAACCAAGGGACCGCUGUACACAUCAUUUUCAGGUAAUUUGUGUUUUUGAAGUCCGACAGGCCGCGUCUCUUAAAGGGGACGGUACGCCAGAAAUUUAGCUGAUGGUGCAUGCGCUCCCUUAACCUUGUUGUUGUUUAGUUGUGUCCGCCUCUUCGUGCCCCCCUGGACCAGAGCACGCCAGGCCCUCCUGUCUUCCACUGCCUCCCGCAGUUUGGUCCAACUCAUGCUGGUAGCUUCGAGAACACUGUCCCACCAUCUCGUCCUCCGUCAUCCCCUUCUCCUUGUGCCCUCCAUCUUUCCCAACAUCAGGGUCUUUUCCAGGGAGUCUUCUCUUCUCCUGAGGUGGCCAAAGUCUUGGAGCCUCAGCUUCAGGAUCUGUCCUUCCAGUGAGCACUCAGGGCUGAUUUCCUUCAGAAUGGAGAGGUUUGAUCUUCUUGCAGUCCAUGGGACUCUCAAGAGUCUCCUCCAGCACCAGAAUUCAAAAGCAUCCAUUCUUCAGCGAUCAGCCUUCUGGAUGGUCCAGCUCUCACUUCCAUACAUCACUACUGGGAAAACCAGAGCUUGAACUAUACGGACUUUUGUUGGCAAGGUGAUGUCUCUGCUUUUGAAGAUGCUGUCUAGGUUUGUCACUGCUUUUCUCUCUUAACCUACAGCGCAUCAAAGAAGGCAGCAUUAUCAACCGCAUCCCGGUCGUGUGCGUCGGAGACAGCAUCGAGGCCAUCAACGACCAAACCAUCGUCGGGUGCCGCCACUACGAAGUUGCCAAGAUGUUGCGUGAGAUGCCGAAAGCUCAGCCCUUCACCUUGCGCCUCGUGGAGCCGAAAAGGGCCUUUGGUGAGUUGGGAGGGAGAGGAAGACCCCCUCAAAGGGGCUGGGUAGAGGCAGAAGCCGGGGGGUGGAUUUUACACAGGGGUAGAGAGGGACGUGGGUGGCGCUGUGGGUUAAACCACAGAGCCUAGGGCUUGCUGAUCGGAAGGUUGGCAGUUCGAAUCCCCGCGACGGGGUGAGCUCCCGUUACUCGGUCCCUGCUCCUGCCAACCUAGCAGUUCAAAAGCAUGUCAAAGUGCAAGUAGAUAAAUAGGUACCACUCCGGUGGGAAGGUAAACGGCGUUUCCGUGCACUGCUCUGGUUCGCCAGAAGCGGCUUAGUCCUGCUGGCCACAUGACCCGGAAGCUGUACGCCGGCUCCCUCGGCCAGUAAAGCGAGAUGAACGCCGCAACUCCAGAGUCGGCCAUGACUGGACCUAAUGGUCAGGGGUCCCUUUACCUUUACCUAGACGUCAGCCUCUAAUGCACUUGGGAAUGGCUGUAGUAAUCUCCUUCCUCCUGAAUGGGACAACUGUGCUCCUGAAGGACCAGGUGCGCAGCUUGGGGGGUCAUUUUGGACUGCCAGCUGUCCAUGGAGGUGCAGGUCAAUUCUGCAUCCAGGGCAGCCAUCUCCCAUUUCCAUCUGGUAUGCAGGAUGAGACCCUCCCAGCCCGCAGACUGUCUGGCCAGAGUGGUGCAUGCUCUGGUUAUCUCCCUCUUGGACUCCUGCAAUGCCCCCUUCUCUUUGCUUAGUUAUCUAUCUACAUUCUGCAUGGACUGGUUGCAAGGCAACCUGUGCAAAUGGUUUUAGAUCCCUAUCAGGUCCGUAAAUGACCAAAUAGCAUAGAUUCAACACAAAAAAACAGCGACAAUUUGUUGUUUACAAAGGACAGCUAGACAUAUAAAGGGCCCCAUUACCUUCAGGAGCUGAGGGCCUCAUCAAACCUAAAUACGGCCCCGGAACCUUAAAUUCAGUUCUCCACAUUUUAAUUUGCAAGUAAAAAUCGAACGCUCGUGAAAAUCCACCAGAAUUUUAGCACGAAUUUAUAUGAGCGUAUUUGAACGAAGAUUCGUCUAAGCCAUUGCUGCAAAAGAGCCAGGUUAGGGUAUCAGCCCAGGGUUCAAAUUCCUACUCAGCUGUGGAGCUCACCCAAAUUUGGUGUGUGUGUGUGUGUGUGUGUGUGUGUGUGUGUGUGUGUAUUUCACAAGAUUUAAUAAAUGGUAAAAAUGAGCCAGUGCCUAUCGAAGGAAGAAACAGACCUCCUUUAAAAGAAAAUACUCUACCAAACAAAGAAAGAAAGAAAGAAAGAAAGAAAGAAAGAAAGAAGCUCUAUAAAUAUACAGAGUUGCUAGUUUCUGAUAGGGGAAAAAAAAUACACAUUUAAGCAAUUGUGCGAUGAGAAACUGCUCAAGCACAACAUUGCAGACCAAAAAACUUUAGAGUGAAAAUGUUAGUCUUAUGUACUGCUUGGUUGUAACAAAACAACUGACGGAGAGUUCAUCACCUUUCCGGGGAGUCCAUUCCGCUGUUAAACAGCUGUUCCUGAUGUUUAGUCUCUUUUUCCUUGUCACUUGAAGCCACGGGUUCGAGUCCUACCCUCCAGAGCAGCUUGCUCCAUCUUCCAUGGGACAGCCCUUGAGAUAAUGGAAGAUGACUCCCCUCUCUCCUCUGUUCCAGGCUAAACAUCCCCAGCUCCUUCAACCGUUCCUCAUCAGGCUUGGUUUCCAGACCUUUGAUCAUCUUGGUCUCCCUCCUCUGCUCACCUUCCAGCUUGUCCACAUCCUUCUUAAAUUGUGGCACCCAGAACUGGACACAGUAUCCCUGGUGUGGUCUGACCAAGGCAGAAUAGAGAAGGACUACAACUUCCCUUGAUCGUCUUGGUUUCCCGAAAAAACUUGUCAAUAUCCUUCUUAAAUUGUGGCACCCAAAACCGGGCAUGGGACCCCAGGUUGUGGUCUGACGAAGGCAGAAUAGAGCGGGACUAUCGCUACCCUUGAUCUGAGCGCUAGACUUCUGGGGACACAGCCUAGGAUCGGAUUUGCUUUUUUGCCGCUGCGUCACAUGGUGGGCUGACGGCUCCUCCUUUUUCUGCUUCCUAGACAUGAUCAGCCAGAGGACACGAAGCAACAAAGUGCCCAGCGAGGGGAAAGUGGCCAGCGGGAAGGAGACACUGCGGCUACGAUCCAAGGGCAACGCCACGUUGGAGGAGGCGGUGAGUCGGUCCCGGUCCCGGUUUGGGGCCGUGGUUCGUCCCGGCUUCGGAGGUGUCGAAACAGUUCCUUGCCAAGGGUGCAAGAGAGCUUAGGCACGCCUCAUCUUCUGUCCCACCCUGUUCCCAAUGAUUUUUCUCCCGUAAAAUCACAGAAUUGUAUAUUGGGAAUGGGUCCCAAGAGUCAUCUAGUCCAAGAAUCCCCAAACUCGGCCAUCCAGACAUUUCUCCCCUGAAAAUAGGGACGUCCUAUUCCAUCCCCUCCAACGUUUCUCCCAUGAAAAUAGGGACGUCCUAUUCCAUCCCCUCCAACGUUUCUCCCCUGAAAAUAGGGACGUCCUAUUCCAUCCCCUCCAACGUUUCUCCCAUGAAAAUAGGGACGUCCUAUUCCAUCCCAUCCAACGUUUCUCCCGUGAAAAUAGGGACGUCCUAUUCCAUCCCCUCCAACGUUUCUCCCCUGAAAAUAGGGACGUCCUAUUCCAUCCCCUCCAACGUUUCUCCUCUGAAAAUAGGGACGUCCUAUUCCAUCCCCUCCAACGUUUCUCCCCUGAAAAUAGGGACGUCCUAUUCCAUCCCCUCCAACGUUUCUCCCCUGAAAAUAGGGACAUCCUAUUCCAUCCCCUCCAACAUUUCUCCAGUGAAAAUAGCAAAAGCAGGAUAUUCCAGAAUCAAAACAGAAACCAGGAUGGCUUCUGAAAAUCCCUGGAAAACAGGGACACUUGUAGGGUCUGCAAAAGGUCCACCCCAUACGACACAGCGCCCCCUUCGUAUUUCCCAACCCUUGUUUGAUACCCAACAUCUUCUGGGACUUUGCCCACCCAUCCCAAGCCACGGCCUGGGGGGCCACAAACCUGACCUCCCCCCGUUCUCCCGUUUGCAGCCCAGCGAGCGCGAGGAGGAAGCCGCCGGGAAAGUUGACGACCUCCUGGAGAGUUACAUGGGGAUCCGAGACGUGGAACUGGGUAAGUGGAGAGGGGCAGGUCUAAUGCCCUCUGAGACCCCCAGAGAGUUGGUCAGCCCAGGGGUGGGGAGCCGCGAUCCUGAGCUGGGUGGAACAAUGGACCUGGGAGAGAGCUGGCUUCAGAUUCUGCCGUGCAUCAGAAGGUCGGCGGUUCGAAUCCCCGCAAUGACGGGGUGAGCUCCCGUUGCUCAGUCCCUGCUCCUGCCAACCUAGCAAUUCGAAAGCACACCAGUGCAAGUAGAUAAAUAGGUACCGCUCCGGAGGGAAGGUAAACGGCGUUUCCGUGCGCUGCUCUGGUUCGCCAGAAGCGGCUUAGUCAUGCUGGCCACAUGACCCGGAAGCUGUACGCCGGCUCCCUCGGCCAGUAAAGCGAGAUGAGCGCCGCAAUCCCAGAGUCAGCCACGACUGGACCUAACGGUCAGGGGUCCCUUUACCUUUACCAUUGCAGACACGUGGUUUAUAUAGUGAAUGUAUGUGUUUGCCUUGUACAUUUAUGAACAUUUAUUUUAUUAAUAUAUAUACUUGCUCUAUAAGACUCACUUUUCCCCUCCUAAAAAGUAAGGGGAAAUGUGUGUGCGUCUUAUGGAGCGAAUGCAGGCUGCGCAGCUAUCCCAGAAGCCAGAACAGCAAGAGGGAUUGCUGCUUUCGCUGCGCAGCGAUCCCUCUUGCUGUUCUGGCUUCUGAGAUUCAGGAUAUUUUUUUUCUUGUUUUCCUCCUCCAAAAACUAGGUGCGUCUUGUGGUCUGGCGAAAAAUACGGUAUAUAUAAGACUUUAGAAUUCCUAUAACAAAAGAAUCGUAGAGUCGGAAGGGGGGACACCUCAGGGUCAUCUAGUCUGACCCGCUGCAACGCAGGACUCUUAAUACCCUGAAUGGUAAAUUUGGCGAUGGGAAACUUCUCUGGUGCCCCCCUUUUGUGUCCUUCAGCCUCGAGCAUGGUGGAAAUGGCCAAGGGACGGCAGGGCUCUGAAGAUUUCGCCCGCGGCCUGGAUCUCCUUCUGGGCGAGUUCGCCUUCCCUGAGGAGUUUGUCGCCGAAGUCUGGAGAACCAUCUGCGAGGCCAAGGGGAGCCCCAAGUAGAGGCGAAGAUCUUCUGCCUCUCCAUCCUUAUCUCUCUUCCACUAGGCUUCCUGCGCCUCUUAUCCCGGCUGGUUUUUCAAGGUCUUCAAGGUUUCCAUCCAGACACACAAAAACUGACACCCACACUCGUUUUUCUCUUUCUUUUUUUAAGAAAGGAAAGAAAAGCGGAAUUAAUCUGCAGCUCCUGUUUGUUCGUUUUUUAAAGAAGCACCCAUCUCAUACCCUCCGAUGAAAAUAGGGACGUCCUAUUCCAUCAUAAUACAGUGGUACCUCGGGUUUAGUACUUGAUUCGUUCCGGAGGUCCGUUCUUAACCUGAAACUGUUCUUAACCUGAAGCACCACUUUAGCUAAUGGGGCCUCCUGCUGCCGCCACGCCGCAAGAGCCCGAUUUCUGUUCUCAUCCUGAAGCAAAGUUCUUAACCUGAGGUAAAACUUCUGGGUUAGCGGAGUCUGUAACCUGAAGCAUCUGUAACCUGAAGCGUAUGUAACCCGAGGUACCACUGUAAUAGUAAUAGUUUUAUUAUCUAUACCAAGGCUGAGUUGCCCCAGCUACUCAGGGCAACUUCCAGCAUAUAUAAAAACAUAAUAAAACGUGAAACUUUUUAAACUUCCCUGUACAGGGCUGCCUUCAGAUGUCUUCUAAAGGUUGUCAAGUUACUUAUCUCCUUGGCUUAGGGGUCGCAUAACUCCAUCCCCUCCAACGUUUCUCCCCUGAAAAGAGGGAUGUCCUUUUCCAUCCCCUCCAACGUUUCUCCCCUGAAAAUAGGGACGUCCUAUUCCAUCAUCUCCAACGUUUCUCCCCUGAAAAUAGGGACGUCCUUUUCCAUCCCCUCCAACGUUUCUCCCCUGAAAAUAGGGACGUCCUUUUCCAUCCCCUCCAACGUUUCUCCUCUGAAAAUAGGGACGUCCUAUUCCAUCCCCUCCAACGUUUCUCCCCUGAAAAUAGGGACGUCCUAUUCCAUCCCCUCCAACGUUUCUCCUCUGAAAAUAGGGACGUCCUAUUCCAUCCCCUCCAACGUUUCUCCCGUGAAAAUAGGGACGUCCUAUUCCAUCCCCUCCAACGUUUCUCCCCUGAAAAUAGGGACGUCCUAUUCCAUCCCCUCCAACGUUUCUCCCGUGAAAAGAGGGACGUCCUAUUCCAUCCCCUCCAACGUUUCUCCCGUGAAAAGAGGGACGUCCUAUUCCAUCCCCUCCAACGUUUCUCCCCGAGAAUGUGAUCAAUGCAUUUUCUCCCCCCAAUGCCGGCAACACAAACAUUUCUGCAAAGGAGAUGUGUGUGUGUCCCAAAAUGGACCUCCACGGACCACUUUAUUUUUUGAGGCUCCCCACCCCCCGUGCUCAGGUCUACAUGAACCCGAACCUCAGCCCGAUCGCUCACAUGCCCUGUUUUUUUUGCAGCAAAGCUUCACGUUAAUGAAAAACCAGCAUCAUAAUAAAAAAAUAAAAGGUAAUGUCAACACUAAUUUUCUCAGAAGGAAGCCCCUCAACCUUCCGGAAGUCAACUCUCCCGCCUUUGACUGCGAUGUACAUAAAGUUUUGUUGGUUUGUUUUUGAAAUAAUUAAAAAGUUAUUUAAAAA